AGCUUGGAUCACGUGAUCCAUCCAGCUGCCGCGUGCGGCAAACAGCCCAAAUAGCGCUAACUCUGGCCUGCGAGCGUUUGCUGCGACUAGCGCGCUAGCGCUCGUGACAUACACAAACGCGCUAGCCAGAAUGCUUUGACUUUGAUGGCUUUCAGCUUCUAUUUUUUGAAAAGUAGCGCGCUCAGACCAGCUCGCUCAUGAGCUCACUCUUUUCCUCUUCCAUUUUUUAGGGCAAUUGUUUUGUUUGAUAGACGAAGCUUAGGGUCUCUUUGGGUUUGCAACCCUUACCCUCCUGGAAAAAAUCAUGGUUGCUAGACUGCGACACUUCAGACCAGGCACUAUUAGAGCCGCUAAUGGACGACGAGUUAUUUUCCGCUAUCCGGAGCUCAAGCAUUUGAGCCGCUAAAUGGACGAGACUCCUGGGGUAAAGAAUGAGGAGAAAACACUCGUAUGGAGCAGGGAGUAGGUAUUGUACUACUUCCUGGUAUGGAGCACUGAGAAGCGCAAUGUGCAACAGAAAUUACUGAUAGAGUAGAUGACCGUGUGAAGCGGUGUGAGAUGCAGCAAAGCUUGGUGACAUCGUCCAAGAUCGACAGGGAUGGCGGGUCACCUGCCGUGACGCUGUCGACGCUAUUGUCCAGUCCCGCAUGGAGCCUGUGGCGAAGCCCCUCAUUUGUGGCACUUGUGCGCGCAGUUUUCGUCGGCCACAGGAUAUUGCGACGCACAAGUGUAACGCUGUUCGCGCGGCCCGAGCGCGCUGAGUAUGGCGUUCCCCGCCCGGUGGACAACACGUCUCCUGGUCUGCCCCGUAUGGGGCCACAUAGCCAGUCAUGGCAGUGGAAGAAGGAAGGAAGGAAGCUUUCACCGUCCAGGAGCGACACUGACUCGCACUGCUAUCUGGUGCUCACGAGGUGUUUGUCGCGCUGCAAACGGAGCAUCUCUGCGAUUUUAUCGCAGGACGAGAGAGGAGCUGAUAGACGAUCUCUCCAAUGUUCCUCUUGGUUCGGAGCGGCGCCGAGUGCUGACGUUGGACCUUGGCCGGUGUGUGCACACCGCUAGCUAAACCGACCAACGGCUACUCCCAGGGCACAACCUAUUCUGCUGGAGGCAGCGUCGUCUUCGGCUGAAAUUCCGGAUACAACCUGCAGGGAAGCAUUGUGCGCAUCUGCCAGAUUGACGGUUCCUGGAGUGGGGCAGCUGCCUCAUGCAAUCCCAUUCAACUGCAGUGCCAGUCUGGCUACCUGCCCUGCCUGCGUUCCAGUGGCUGUAUCCUGCCAUCACAGCGCUGCGACGGUGUUUGGUACGACUGUGCUGAUGGCUCUGAUGCACAGUACUGCCCAGGCAAGGUCACACCAGCUCCAGGUCAAACCGACUGCCAGGUCCUGUCACCACCGGCACUGGGCUCAAUGACCGUGAACGGCUUGAUGUUCAGCAACACGACCACGUUUGUGUGCACAUCUCCCUAUGUCCUUAUGGGCUCGGCCGUGCGUACUUGUGAAAUCAACGGCCAGUGGAGCGGUGUGCAGCCAACUUGCGUCCUGACGACUGCUGCUCUGAGUGCGGCCAGUGACGAGCUAGUCAAGGACUCCGUCUCAGAACGCAUGACACAAACGUGUUAGCGCCCGCUCCAUGCCCAUUGUUGGAGCGACAGUCCUGGAAUCCAGAGUUGCAAGUGAGGUGGUGAUACGGCAAGCAGACGGUGGCAAAGUACGGCUUAAAAGCUCUACAUCUGGCAAGUGGCCGGCAUACCACCCCAAUGGACAUCGGAACAGUACACGUAGAGUAGCAUCUCUACGUGACAGGGUAUGAGCGCAAGCCAGUAUUGCCAAGCACUGGGGACCUUUGGCAAUCUGAUGAAUGUUUUGUCCGAGAAUCGAUCCUUGGAUCUGUGGCGUUGCAGUUGUGGUGCUCCCGACCCUCUUGCGCGAUGGCCGCGGAGACUUGGCGAAAAGGUUCGAGACAUACGGCAUCUCAAUAUCUUCCACCACAAUCAGUACAUCAGCACCACCAUCGAGUGUAGCGACAUCAGCAAUAGAAGACGCACAUGAUAUCAUUCACCCUUACGGCCUUAGCGAAGACCCGGGAAUACCUGAAAAGAUGUUAGCCGCAACUUUACUGGAAAGGUCGUCGGUGACAACGGCACUCCAUAUUUUAGCUGCAUGCAGUUAGGUCUCUCAACAAGUGUACCCAAAGUUUUCAAGCUAAUACACAAGCAAAUUCACUAGGGGCCGAGUAUAUUUUCCUACACCUCUCCCUGUUUGUUGUUGUUAUUUCUGCAUUCAAAUUGUUUGUGUACCUGUACAUUUAUUACAGUAGAGCCACGCAUCCACGGCUGUUGUUUCGUCAGGCUCGUCAGUUAUACGAAACCUUUCAGCAAUCUGGCCUUAGGCUUAAUUCCUUGACUUCUUGUACCACUUUCUUAGAUGCACAUCCCACUGGAUAGUGAGCAAUACGUGUGUAGCAGAAUCUGUAUUCCAGAAAAGCAGAGACUUGAGUCUAUUGACACUGCGUUUCUUUUUUAAACGUUAUUGGCUGUGGUGUUCCUAGAGGUAUACACGUA